AUGGCAGUGCAGGCUCGUGAGCAAGAGGGGGUCUCAGUGCCUGAUAACCAAUGCCCAUUGCCGUGUCAGUGUGAUGAAGAUGGCAUACUUCUCCUUGUGGACUGCUCUGAACUGGGACUAUCCACAGUGCCUAGCAACCUAAGCCCUUUGACCUCUUACCUGGAUCUCAGCAUGAAUAACCUCACCGAGAUUCAGCCAAACGCCUUCCACAACCUGCACUUCUUGGGGGAACUGCGUCUAUCUGGCAAUCACCUGAGACACAUCCCUGGAGCUGUUUUUCAAGACCUCUACAACCUCCAAGUUCUGAUGCUCCAGAAUAACCAGUUGGAAAGAUUACCCAGUGAGGAUCCUUGGGACCUGCCCAAUCUUCUGUCUUUACGGUUGGAUGCCAACCUCAUCAGUGAUGUACCAGAACGGGCAUUUUUGGGCAUGCGAUCACUGCGCCACCUGUGGUUGGAUGACAAUGUCCUGACAGACAUCCCAGUUGCAGCUCUGAAUAACCUGGGUUCCCUCCAGGCCAUGACCCUUGCCCUCAAUCGCAUCACACACAUCCCUGACUACGCCUUCCGCAACCUCUCCAACUUGGUUGUGCUGCAUCUUCACAAUAACCUGAUCCGUACGCUGGGGCAGAACUGCUUUGAAGGACUGCAUAGUUUGGAGACUCUAGAGCUGAAUUAUAAUGACCUGCAGGAGUUUCCGGUCGCUAUCAGAAUGCUUGCCAAACUUCAGGAGCUGGGUUUCCAUAACAACAAUAUAAAGGGUAUUCCAGAGAGGGCUUUUGAGGGGAACCCACUGCUGCAGACAAUUCAUUUCUAUGAGAAUCCAAUCCAGUUUGUGGGAAGAUCUGCUUUCCAAUUCUUACCAAAGUUACAUACUCUCUCAUUGAAUGGUGCCACAGAGAUCCGAGACUUUCCUGACCUGACAGGGACCACUAGCCUGGAGAUUCUGUCCUUGACGAGAGCUGGUCUAUCUGGUCUCCCUCAGAAUCUUUGCCUGCAGCUUCCAAAUCUCAGAGUUCUUGAGCUGUCCCAUAAUCUCAUCAAAGAGCUGCCCAGCUUUCGUCACUGCUCUUCUCUUCAAGAGAUAGGUCUACAGCACAAUCUGAUCAGACAGAUUGAGAGGAAUACAUUCCAACAACUCACUUCUCUCCGUUCACUAGAUCUGAGUUGGAAUCGAAUUGAGCUGAUUCACCCUGAUGCUUUUUCUUCUCUUCAGUCACUGGUCAAACUAGAUUUGACAGAUAACUGGCUGAGCCAGCUUCCUCUGGCUGGACUUAACAGUCUCACUCAUCUGAAGCUGAAGGGGAAUAUGGACCUCUCCUCCUCCUUCAGAGAGGAGGAUUUCCCCAGUAUCAGAGUGAUUGAGAUGCCUUACGCCUAUCAGUGUUGUGUGUAUGGAGCCUGCAACAGCUACAAAUCUGCCAGCCAAUGGGAAAUGGAGCAUUUGACCGACGAGGAGGAAGAUCUUCAGAAGAGAGCUCUAGCCCUGUUUCCAAUUCAUGCUGACAACAACUAUGACACAGACCUUGAAGAAUUUCAGUUGGAAAUUGAGGAGUCCAAACUCCAGACGAGCAUUCAGUGUAGUCCCGUACCAGGUCCCUUUAAGCCAUGUGACAGCCUGUUUGACAGCUGGGUGGUACGUUUGGGCAUGUGGCUCAUCUCUGUUGUCUCUUUGUUUGGCAACGGCCUCCUCAUCAUCACAAUCUUCGCCUCACCCAGCUAUCUUUCUCCCGUCAAGUUUAUCAUUGGUGCCAUUGGAGGUGCCAACCUACUCACUGGACUGUGCACUGGCACACUGGCGUUGACUGAUGCUCUGACGUUUGGCGAGUUUGCCCUGCAUGGAGCGCGCUGGGAAACGGGAGCCGGUUGCCAGGCGACCGGCUUCAUCACUGUGCUGGCGUCCGAGAGCUCCAUUCUCUUCCUCACCCUAGCAGCCGUGCAGUGCAGUGUGUCCGUGUCGUGCGUGCGUGCAUACGGGAAGUCGCCUUCAUUCAGAAGCGUACAGGUGGCUGCUCUGACCUGUGUAGCUCUGUCAUUGGCUGUGGCAGCCCUGCCACUAAUGCACAUGGGCGAAUAUGGAGUCACGCCCCUUUGUCUGCCCUCCCCUUUACCUGAGGCUCCUCCCUCUACACUGGGCUUUAUGAUGGCCCUCAUAAUGAUGAAUUUGCUGUGUUUCUUGGUCAUCACAGGCACUUACAUUAAACUGUACUGGGACUUGAUGAAGGGUGAAUUUGACAGCAUCUGGGACUGUGCUAUGAUAAAGCACGUAGCAUGGCUCAUCUUCAGUAACUGCCUGCUCUACUGUCCUGUGGCCUUCCUCACCCUCUCCUCUUUACUGGGCUUGUUUCCUGUCAGCGAAGAGGUCAUCAAAUCUGUCCUUCUGGUGCUGCUGCCUCUCCCAGCCUGCCUGAACCCCCUGCUCUACAUCUUCUUCAACCCACACUUCAGAGAAGACACUCGACUCCUCUGGAUGAGAGCCCGAAUCACCUCACCCCCUCCCAAUGACUCUCUUGACUCUUUCAUCUCCUUGGAAACAGAGAAGAGUUCGUACGACUCCAUUCAGGCUCUGGUGUCUUUUGCCGAAGGGGAGAGGCCGUCUGAGAGCCUGGCAGGAUCCAAACCUGAUCCGUCUGCUCGGUUCCCUCAUGGUUCUUCUUCUGUUACGCUUAUCCCGUGCCAUCUUCAAAGUUCCUCAACCCAGCGAGAGAGCACAGUCAUGCCCACAGCACACGUGUGCCUUACUGAGGAGGAGCUGCUGCACAAUAACAUGGACACUGACAGCACCAACGAGGACCUUGGACAGAAAUCCCGGGACAGAUAG